AUGAAAUUCUUCAUCGCUUUCGCGGUCCUCAUCGCAGGCAUCAGUGCUGUGCCAUACCCUGCUGCCCACCCAAUCGAUUUUUCUGACGAGCGUUUGGUGACUGGUGCCAUUGAAGACGCUAUCAAAGACGUGAGCCAAGCCAUCAAGGACGCUGGUCUGGACCCCUUCCACAUCAAGAGAGAAGACUUCACCUACGAACUUCCAGUACCAGUGCUCUUCAAAAUCGAUGCCUUCAUUGAGGAAGUUCUGAGCACUGGUCUCAGUAACAUCAAGGUCAAUAGACUGAACUACAGCGUUCUCCUCUCCCGACUCCAAUUCGACAUUGAGCUGCCUCUUAUCCACUUUUCCCUUGGCGAUGCUAACGCUGACGCAGUUGUCUUCAGCAAGGACCAUGACUUUGCUGGCUCAGGAAGUGUCAACAUUGAGAGAAUCCGAUUUGUCGGUGAAGUUAGAGUCAACGUUGGUAUCAUCUCCGGUAUCUCAAUCCGCAGCCUCACCAUCUCUUUCACCCUUAAUGACAUUAAGUCUGAUGCCAAUCUAGUCCUCUUCGGCAAGGACUACUCGGAUGACUUCAACAACUUUGUCGGUGGCGUUGUUCCUAACACCAUCAAGGCUCAUUACAAAGAAAUCAACAAACUACUGGAGAUUGUGCUCCUGGACCUCAUCAACGACAACUUGUAA